GCCUUAACAGGGUAAAGAACGACUAAUCAAAAUAAAGGAUGUUUAGCAUAGUGCUGGUAGCCUUCACCCCCGUUUCGUUCUCUUUCGGAUGGGCCGCAUAUAUUGUGGCAGCACUGCUGUCCGUAAUUGGGGACCGUAGACUGAUGCCUGCCCCAGACAGUCCGUGUUUGAUCGUCAAUGCGCGCUCAGACUAUAACUAUUCGGGAGAACUGCAGUUGGAUCCUGGGCAGGAUUCUACGCGAAUUUGAAGUCUAGCUGGAUAAUGGACAUCCAGACGGGCCAAUCCAUCGCCAGCUGAACAGGACGUGAGAUCAACGAUGGGAAAGGGCUCGUCAUGACGCCCACCGAGAGCACCCAGGCGCUUCAGAAAGUAUUCCCCGCCCGUCAAAGACUGGUCUGCGUCUCGGUUUUCGACGCUGCGCCGGCCCGGCAUGGGUAUGCUGGUUAUGAUCUGCUUUGCUACAUGGCGGUUCUUCAGCUAGGCAUUUCUGCUAUCCCGCUUGGGAUAUGGGGUGAUUGGGGUAUAUUGCUUGUCACUGACGCUGGGAUUAUCCUUUCAAUUACGACAGCUAGUCUUCCUCAAUGGCAGCAGGAGAAGUGGUGUUGUCGGCACAAUUCCAGCAAGUCCGUCAUUCUCACUCGUGGCAACGGGUCUCAACAUGCUAUAGUUGUCGUUGGCACAGGCCAGGGAUUAGACUUGGAAGACCUCGCUAGCGGGCCUAUGGAUAUAGACGUAUCUCGGGCGUCGGCGAUGACGCCCAUCCUCAUGGCGCUAUCCACGCUCUGGAUAGUGCUCCUGAUUGUGGCCGCGGUUCUUCAGCAGAAUACUUGGUUCUUGCUGGCUACCGGAGGCCUCGGGAUGUUUGAGAUCAUCCUGCUUGCAGGAUGGCCACACCAACCAAAGUCUUUUGGUGUUCCACUCGUAUUUAAAGAGGUUAUAGGGGCGGCUGGAGUCAUGGAUACUCUAUUUGCAGUAGAGCAGGCCUAUCCUCGUACUGGCCAGGCGAUGCUGGACACCUUCUUUCCGGGUAGGCUGUCCAACAAGGAAAGGGAGAGAUGGGAUGAACUCCGCCAGUUAUCGGACACACUAGAUGAGUCCGCGAGAGACUAAAGUAGCCCUGUCAAAUUGGUAUGCGUCUUUAGCCUAGUGUGUUGUGUCUGCAGCAGCAGCAUCUGUAGCAUCUAUCGCAUGCUGAAUGUUCGAAGGUUGCAGCAAAACCAUUGAUAGAGACUCUGGGGGAUACUUGUCAGUAUUUACCCUGGUUUGGCCCCGUCAGACGGUUUCAAAUAAAUAAUUCCCCGUCAGAGAAGCUGAAGGCUGGGGAGCUGGGCAGCUGAAAUUCCUAGCGCUUAACGUGCGCCCCCACCUUCUCUCAGCUUUAUCUUCACCACCAGCACCAUCUCUUCCACCAAUUCCUAAUCCUGUACCACACGCAUAAUGGAUCACCCCGGAACCCUAUGACGACCCCGACUUCCUAACGUAUCCAGAGCGUGCAGGCUGGGACAUCGACCGGGUACUA